CUUACCAUUUUUUGUACAGCAGUAGGUUUGUCUUAAUCCCAUUUGAAGAGAGAGGUGACACUAGGUGUCAACAAUCAGAGAAAAGAAAGAAGAACACCAACGAAUAAUGAAAUCUAGCGCUUUCUAAUACACUUAAGAGAAAGGAUUUUACUACUGAAUUGUAAUGAACGGCUUAAUCAGUAGAUUUAUAAAAAUUUGCAUACACUUCGGGCUAAUUAUAGAAAUUAGCAAAUUGACAUUCUAGAACGUUCUUUUCCAAAAGUAGUAUUGUAGUAAAUGAGUUCUGAAAAGUUCCAAACAUUAUACCCAGUGCUAGUGCUGAACACAAACACAAGAAACGGGUAAUUACUUACCCAUAUCCCGACAAUUUUUUGCUGUUGGACACUAGAGUGGUUAUCCUAUGCGAGGUUGAAGAUAUUAAUAAGCCACUGUUUCUAUCAUAGUUGGAAAACUUUUUUGCAUCUUUUUAAUUUGCAGUGCCAACGACAGCACCUGUUUCAACCACAGGUGAGGACUAAAAUUUCCCAUUGUUAAAAGUAAAAGAAUAUAUAUUAAAUAAAUUCAUACUCAUUAUUUCAUUCCCGAAUAGAAUGAUAGACGCACUCAGUUUAUCAAAAGAGGCAAAAAUUCAUUAAAAAGAAUAAAUAUUGCUGGUAUAUUUGUUCGAUUUAGAUUGUUUCAAUUCUUAAAAUUUAAAUAUAACAACAACUAAUAGCUUUUUAUUUUUCAGCAUUGCCAACUACUACAAGUAAGUGGUACUAAAAUGUUUGGUUCACUGUUUUAACAGUUUUCACCGCUGAUGCUAACGUUGUGGAUGUACGGGAACGCUAUUACUUUAAACCUAAUUUUGUCAAAUGUUCAAUUCAGUUACGUUUUGGGCUGUUUUUAUGGAUAAGGAAAAUAGAAGGACGGUUUUGCAGGGCAGUACCUACCAUUUUGUACAGCAGUUGUUUUGUCAGGCAAAGGUUCGUUGAGUCUACAAGGUGUCGCGUAACACAAACUUCAUCACUUUAGGCCAAAAGAGAGAUUACUCUCCAAGUGUUUUCCGUUCAUCCCCCGAACAGGGGAAAGAAAUCAUGUCAACAACCCGUAAUACAAUCUGCUCUUGCUAAACACACUUUAAAGAAAGGAUUCUUCCUAGAAAAUUUUAAGGAAGUACUCAGUCAGUUAUUUACAGAAAUUUACCAUUUGGACAGAAACCCAUAUGAGCUGGGCUGCUUUGGGUUAAUAAUAGGAUUAGCAAAUUGUUCUUCUAGGACUCAUUCUUUAAAAGUAUGGUAGUGGGAUGAGUACUUUAAGGUGCUAGACAUCAUAACAGUAGUAAUCUUGAAACAGCAAAACACUUCACCCAUCCCGACGGCUACUUUUGUUGUUGUGGUGGAACUGGACUGGAAAUUUCUUUGUGAGGGUGAACAUAGUAUACGCCACUGUUUCAAUGAUAGUUGGAAAACUGGCAGACAUUAGGAUUCUUAUUACAUCUUAUUCAAUUUGCAGUGCCAACGACAGCACCUGUUUCGACCACAGGUGAGAAUAGCGUUUAGUAAAUUAAAAUAAUAUAGCCAUAGGGCGAGUCUUUCGAAACAUUUUAAUAAAAGGACCCUUUCAUAUACUAUAUAUAACUAGUUAAUUUACGAUACCCGUUCGAUAUACCAGUAUACGCCACUGUUUCAACGAUAGUUGGAAAACUGGUAGACAUUGUAACAUGUUGUAAUUCUUAUUACAUCUUUUUCAAUCUGCAGUGCCAACGACAGCACCUGUUCCAACCACAGGUAAGCAUUGCAAUAAAAUUACAUUUCUUCCUUCCACAAAAGGGCAUAAAAUAUGUUGUAUAUGAGUUACCAGGAGACUUGCAUCGUAUUGUGCAUUCUAGGAGGGAGGGGCGCAAUCCAGACCUUACAGAGAGGGCAUCGAAAAGGAUUUCCUCUCUGAGACUGAAAUAUGUCGGCGCCUCAAACCCGAAAGCCUCGGAUCCGUUUGGUAGAGAUAUAAGAAGGGCAGACCCAGAGGCCCUUUAUUAUUGUUGUAAAUGUUCUUUUUCUUUUUAUUUAAUCGUAAACUUUUGUAUUUAACAGAUAUCGACGAGUGCCUCCCUUCACCCUGUGACGCCAAUGCCGUUUGUCAGAAUACCAUUGGUUCCUUCACCUGCACGUGCAAUGCCGGGUUUACAGGAGACGGAUUAUCUUGUACCGGUAACAUAAAAAAUCGUGUUAACGAUACGACUUUUACGUCAUGUCAUUUUUAUUCAAUACAUAUCUUGUCCGCUAUCACUUAGUACGGCUUUGUAGGGACUUAAUACUGACAAAAAUUAAUUAGAGACUUAAAAUUAGUUUUUAUACUACUUAUUACCCAAGUAUAUCAUGGGGACUUUUUAAGGUGACUGAUGACGAAGAUUAUGAAGAUUUCAUCACUUUUUUUCAACAGAUAUCAAUGAGUGCAUGAAUUCACCAUGUAGUACCUUUGCGGUUUGUCAGAAUACCGUUGGUUCCUUUAAUUGCACCUGUAAUGCCGGAUUUACUGGAAAUGGAUCAUCCUGUUUAGGUAACAUAAAAUCUCUAAUUUUAUAUUAAUUGAAAUAUCAAAGUGCUCAGCCUUUGUAAUUCUCCCGAACAAAUUAAAAGAAAAAGAGAAAUUGAAAAUUUGUAUCUCUAGUCUCUUGGGCCUCGACCCGGGAGGGGAGGGAUGGGUUAUCUCAGGAAUUCUUGGUGGGGUGUGCCACCCGGUUCUCCAAAUGCUGACCAUAUUGGAGACCAAAAAAUGUAAUUUUCACACCCGUGAAUGCCGGAUUUACUGGAAAUGGAUUAUCCUGUUUAGGUAACAUAAAAUCUCUAAUUUUACAUUAAUUGAAAUAUUAAAUACAUAUACAUAUCUUGUCCGCUAUCACCUAGUACAGCUUUGUAGGGACUUAAGUUAUGUCGGCGCAACGACAUACAAGCCCCCGGGGUUUGCCGCAAAAGUAAUUAAGGGGGUCGGUCUCCCAACACCCCACCCUCUAGAUCAGCUCCCUACAAGGCAUUUCCAUUCCCUCUCCUUCAAUUGUUAAAAAAAUAAGUUUUUUUCCGGAAAUUAUGGUUUUCCUGAAAUUAUAAGUAAAAUUGAUAAACUAUUGAUCAUUUUUCUUUCUUUUGUAAUCGUAAUGUUUAGUUUAUAUUAUAUUAGCUAUCAACGAGUGCCUUUCUUCACCCUGUGAUGCCAAUGCCAUUUGUCAGAAUACCGUUGGUUCCCUUACUUGCACGUGCAUUGCUGGAUUUACGGGAGAGUUAAUUACAUGGCUUUUGUGUCGAAUUUUUUAAUAUCUUUGUAAAGAGUUGUUACUCGUGACUCUACUCUUGUGUCAGCCUUUAUUCAAAACUUAGAAAAUAUUUCACAUUGUUAGAAGUGAGAAUAUUUAGACAAAAUUAUUAUUUCAUUGCUGAAUGACAUAUAGACGCAGUCAAUCCAUCAAAAGGGUCAUAAAAAUCAUUAAAAAGAAUAAACAUUACUGGUAUGUUUGUUCGGUUAAGAUUUAAAUACAACAACAAAAUAAUAGCUUGCUAACAAUUAAUAUUGCAAUUACCUUUCCUUUUUUCAGCAUUAUUACCCACUACUACAAGUAAGUGAUGCUGACUGAAUGCCCUGUUCACACAGUUUUAACAGCUGUCACCUUUCGGAUCCUAAACGUUGUGGACUUUUCCUAAAGAUAAUUUAAGGGAACGUCACCAUUAUUUUUAAAUCGGUUUUUGUGAAAAAUACAACUUAAGUUUUUGGUUUUUGUUAUGCAACGCCACCAGAAAAAUAAAACGGCGGUUUUGCAGGUCAAUACUUACCAUUUUGUACAGCAGUAGGUUUGUCUUAAUCCCUUCUGAAGAGAGAGGUGACACUAGGUGUCAACAAUCAGAGAAAAGAAAGAAGAACACCAACGAAUAAUGAAAUCUAGCGCUUUCUAAUACACUUAAGAGAAAGGAUUUUACUACUGAAUUGUAAUGAACGGCUUAAUCAGUAGAUUUAUAAAAAUUUGCAUACACUUCGGGCUAAUUAUAGAAAUUAGCAAAUUGACAUUCUAGAACGUUCUUUUCCAAAAGUAGUAUCGUAGUAAAUGAGUUCUGAAAAGUUCCAAACAUUAUACCCAGUGCUAGUACUGGACACAAACACAAGAAACGGGUAAUUACUUACCCAUAUCCCGACAAUUUUUUGCUGUUGGAUCCUAGAGUGGUUAUCCUAUGCGAGGUUGAAGAUAUUAAUAAGCCACUGUUUCUAUCAUAGUUGGAAAACUUUUUUGCAUCUUUUUAAUUUGCAGUGCCAACGACAGCACCUGUUUCAACCACAGGUGAGGACUAAAAUUUCCCAUUGUUAAAAGUAAAAGAAUAUAUAUUAAAUAAAUUCAUACUCAUUAUUUCAUUCCCGAAUAGAAUGAUAGACGAACUCAGUUUAUCAAAAGAGGCAAAAAUUCAUUAAAAAGAAUAAAUAUUGCUGGUAUAUUUGUUCGAUUUAGAUUGUUUCAAUUCUUAAAAUUUAAAUAUAACAACAACUAAUAGCUUUUUAUUUUUCAGCAUUGCCAACUACUACAAGUAAGUGGUACUAAAAUGUUUGGUUCACUGUUUUAACAGUUUUCACCGCUGAUGCUAACGUUGUGGAUGUACGGGAACGCUAUUACUUUAAACCUAAUUUUGUCAAAUGUUCAAUUCAGUUACGUUUUGGGCUGUUUUUAUGAAUAAGGAAAAUAGAAGGACGGUUUUGCAGGGCAGUACCUACCAUUUUGUACAGCAGUUGUUUUGUCAGGCAAAGGUUCGUUGAGUCUACAAGGUGUCGCGUAACACAAACUUCAUCACUUUAGGCCAAAAGAGAGAUUACUCUCAAGUGUUUUUCCGUUCAUCCCCGAACAGGGAAAGAAAUCAUGUCAACAACCCGUAAUACAAUCUGCUCUUGCUAAACACACUUUAAAGAAAGGAUUCUUCCUAGAAAAUUUUAAGGAAGUACUCAGUCAGUUAUUUACAGAAAUUUACCAUUUGGACAGAAACCCAUAUGAGCUGGGCUGCUUUGGGUUAAUAAUAGGAUUAGCAAAUUGUUCUUCUAGGACUCAUUCUUUAAAAGUAUGGUAGUGGGAUGAGUACUUUAAGGUGCUAGACAUCAUAACAGUAGUAAUCUUGAAACAGCAAAACACUUCACCCAUCCUGACGGCUACUUUUGUUGUUGUGGUGGAACUGGACUGGAAAUUUCUUUGUGAGGGUGAACAUAGUAUACAAUUAAUGGCGACUCGUUAGGCAGACCUACAUUUCAUGGUAAAUCGGGAAUCAGUGUCAUUGAUUACUCCGUAUGUGACCAAGAUUUGCUACGAAAUAUAACAUCUUUUGUAGUGAAAGAGCCGAACAGUUUAUCAGAUCAUAGUCCAAUAAUAACAUGGCUUAAGGUUAACCGUCAUUUAGAUAAUGAUUCAUCAAACGAGGCAAUUAUAAAUGAUUCUUUGACUCCUCUACCAAAACAGUUUUUUUGGGAAAACGAUUCGUCACAAAAAUUUAGAGCUACAUUACAGUCUGAAGACAUUCAAAGAAUGAUCCACGAUUUUAUGAAUACUACAACAAUCACGAGAAAUGUUGACAUGAACCUUCAUGCUGUAGAAAAUAUUCUUAUUUCAACCGCCAAACGCUGUUUGAAGAUCAAAACAGCAAAAAGCGACGUUGCAAAAUAUCUUCGAACAAAAAUGGUUGGACAAAGAAUGCCGCUAUAAAAGACAUGAACUGCGGAAACUUUCUAAUCAAAAACAUAGAGAUCCUCUAAACACUACCCUCAGAGAAGAGUUUCACAACGUCUUAAAACAAUAUAAAAACCUUUUGAAACAUAAGAGAAACGAAUACUAUAGCAAUAAGAUCUGUGAACUUGAAAAUACGGUCGAAAAUUCGAACAAUAAGAGCUUUUGGAACUGUUUGAAGUCAAUGGACGACACUAUGAAGGAAACCUACACCCCUCAAUUUCUGAAGAAAAAUGGAUGUCCCACUUUCAAUCUUUGCACUCGAAUGAACCCCUUAAUGAACAGCAGGAGGCAAUUAUAGAUGAGUUGCAGAAUUCAAAGGAUAUUACGUCACGAUCUCACUCCUUGGAUUACCUCAUCACUGAAAGUGAAAUUCGCACUGCAGUUGGAAAACUCAAAAACAACAAAUCUUCUUUUUCAGACAAAAUCAAAAACGAAAUGAUCAAAUCUAGCCUAAACGAAUUAAUGCCUGUUUAUCUAAAACUAUUUAACACGGUCCUCGACUUAGGAACUAUGCCCCAAAUGUGGUGUGAUGGCCUCAUUACACCAAUUUUUAAAUGUGGUACUAAAAGCGAUCCAUCAAACUACCGUGGAAUUUGUAUUUCCAGUUGUAUUGGAAAACUAUUUUGUUCAAUUCUCAGUCAGAGACUUCUAAAGCACGUUGACUUAAAUAAUAUACUUCACAAGUCUCAAAUUGGUUUUCUAGCAAAUAAUAGAACAGCAGAUCAUGUCUUCACACUUCGAACAUUAAUAGACAAAUAUGCCCAUUGUCACAAGGAGAAAAUAUAUGCGUGUUUUGUUGACUUUAGGAAAGCCUUUGAUUCGGUUUGGCAUGAUGGGCUUCUCUAUAAGUUAUCUAAGAUCAAUGUCCAAGGAAAGUUUUAUAGUCUAAUUAAGAGUCUAUACUCGAAGUCUACCUGCUCUGUCAGGAUUGGAAAUAACAAAACGCGCUCUUUUCAAUACGCAAAGGAGUGCGGCAAGGCUGCAUUUUAAGCCCUCUGCUCUUUAACUUAUACCUUAACGAUCUAGCGUUCUCAUUUGACAAUGUUUUAUCAGACCCCUUCGUGUUACCAAAUGGCACCAGACUCAACUCUCUCCUUUACGCAGAUGACUUGAUAAUAUUAUCGCGAUCCAAACUUGGUCUACAAAACUGCCUUAACGUACUAUCUUCAUAUUGCAACUCAUGGAUGCUUAGAAUAAAUCCUAAGAAAACCAAAAUAAUGAUUUUUCAACGAUGCACACGAAAAUGUGAACAUAACUUCCGCAUAGGCAAUGAAGUAAUCGAAGUUGUCCAAAACUAUACUUACUUAGGAACUCGAAUUACAUCUUCCGGAAAUUUUACACUUUCGCUUGAACAUCUCCGACAAAAAGCUCUUCACGCGCUCUUCAGCCUCAGGCGACACACGGAUUUGAAUAAUCUUAAGCCCUCACUUGCGUGUAAAAUUUUGACUCUAUGAUUUCACCAAUUCUAACCUACAACAGCGAAGUUUGGGGUGCUUUUGUUAAAUCAGAUUUUAAGUCCUGGGACAGCUCUGCAAUUGAAAAAACCCAUUUGCAAUUCUGUAAACGUUAUUUACAAGUACAUAACAAGGCAUCCAACAUUGCUUGUAGAGCUGAACUCGGUAAAUUUCCCAUGAUCAUUGAUAUAAAUAAAAAGAUUCUAAAUUACUUAGACUAUCUGAGAGGUAAGGAUGAAGAUUCUAUAGUUAAACAGGCCUUACAAAUUUCAAUUGACCUUCAUCAUAACGGAAAAACUAGCUUUUACUCUAAUCUCAUGAAAAUGGUUGACUACUAUGAUCUAAACUUUGACUUUUCUUGUAAUUCAUUGAGUGACUCAAUAGUUAAUAGGUAUAUCGGCAUAAUGAAAAAUAAAUACGUCUCUUACUGGAAUCAGACACUUCAACAAUCACAAAAACUCAGUUUUUAUUGUACAAUCAAAGACGACUAUAGCCCCUCGCCGUACCUAGUUUUAACAAGAAAAAACCCUUCGAGAAAAACAUUAGUUAGAUUUAGAAUAAGUAGUCAUCAACUUAGAAUUGAAACAGGUAGAUACGAAAACAUUCCUCGCAAUGAAAGGAUAUGUCACUUUUGUACAAGUAAGAAAAUCGAAGAUGAAAAUCAUUUCUUACUAGAUUGUAAGGCUUAUUCUCAGAUCAGAGACAUAUUUUUCUCGAAACUAGAAACUAAAAUACCUGACUUCAAAUCACUUUCACACGAUACUUUAAUAUCUCUUCUUAUGAAUUCUUCUGAUUAUUUAAUUAACUGUCAAUUAGUUUCAUUUAUCUCGCAAUGCUUUGAAUUAAGGACCAAAUUAAUAUCAAUGAAUGAAUGAAUGAGAACUGUCACGUUUUGUAAUGUUUUGCACGUACUAAUUAGUUGAAUUAGUACUUAAAUUUAGACUAAUAGCUUUUGCAAUACUGUAAUUCCUUUAUGGUCAUGCAAAUAAAGCUUUUGUUGUUGUUGUUGUUGUUUCAAUGAUAGUUGGAAAACUGGCAGACAUUAGGAUUCUUAUUACAUCUUAUUCAAUUUGCAGUGCCAACGACAGCACCUGUUUCGACCACAGGUGAGAAUAGCGUUUAGUAAAUUAAAAUAAUAUAGCCAUAGGGCGAGUCUUUCGAAACAUUUUAAUAAAAGGACCCUUUCAUAUACUAUAUAUAACUAGUUAAUUUACGAUACCCGUUCGAUAUACCAGUAUACGCCACUGUUUCAACGAUAGUUGGAAAACUGGUAGACAUUGUAACAUGUUGUAAUUCUUAUUACAUCUUUUUCAAUCUGCAGUGCCAACGACAGCACCUGUUCCAACCACAGGUAAGCAUUGCAAUAAAAUUACAUUUCUUCCUUCCACAAAAGGGCAUAAAAUAUGUUGUAUAUGAGUUACCAGGAGACUUGCAUCGUAUUGUGCAUUCUAGGAGGGAGGGGCGCAAUCCAGACCUUACAGAGAGGGCAUCGAAAAGGAUUUCCUCUCUGAGACUGAAAUAUGUCGGCGCCUCAAACCCGAAAGCCUCGGAUCCGUUUGGUAGAGAUAUAAGAAGGGCAGACCCAGAGGCCCUUUAUUAUUGUUGUAAAUGUUCUUUUUCUUUUUAUUUAAUCGUAAACUUUUGUAUUUAACAGAUAUCGACGAGUGCCUCCCUUCACCCUGUGACGCCAAUGCCGUUUGUCAGAAUACCAUUGGUUCCUUCACCUGCACGUGCAAUGCCGGGUUUACAGGAGACGGAUUAUCUUGUACCGGUAACAUAAAAAAUCGUGUUAACGAUACGACUUUUACGUCAUGUCAUUUUUAUUCAAUACAUAUCUUGUCCGCUAUCACUUAGUACGGCUUUGUAGGGACUUAAUACUGACAAAAAUUAAUUAGAGACUUAAAAUUAGUUUUUAUACUACUUAUUAAACAAGUAUAUCAUGGGGACUUUUUAAGGUGACUGAUGACGAAGAUUAUGAAGAUUUCAUCACUUUUUUUCAACAGAUAUUAAUGAGUGCAUGAAUUCACCAUGUAGUACCUUUGCGGUUUGUCAGAAUACCGUUGGUUCCUUUAAUUGCACCUGUAAUGCCGGAUUUACUGGAAAUGGAUCAUCCUGUUUAGGUAACAUAAAAUCUCUAAUUUUAUAUUAAUUGAAAUAUCAAAGUGCUCAGCCUUUGUAAUUCUCCCGAACAAAUUAAAAGAAAAAGAGAAAUUGAAAAUUUGUAUCUCUAGUCUCUUGGGCCUCGACCCGGGAGGGGAGGGGAUGGGUUAUCUCGGGAAUUCUUGGUGGGGGUGUGCCACCCGGUUCUCCAAAUGCUGACCAUAUUGGAGACCAAAAAAUGUAAUUUUCACACCCGUGAAUGCCGGAUUUACUGGAAAUGGAUUAUCCUGUUUAGGUAACAUAAAAUCUCUAAUUUUACAUUAAUUGAAAUAUUAAAUACAUAUACAUAUCUUGUCCGCUAUCACCUAGUACAGCUUUGUAGGGACUUAAGUUAUGUCGGCGCAACGACAUACAAGCCCCCGGGGUUUGCCGCAAAAGUAAUUAAGGGGGUCGGUCUCCCAACACCCCACCCUCUAGAUCAGCUCCCUACAAGGCAUUUCCAUUCCCUCUCCUUCAAUUGUUAAAAAAUAAGUUUUUUCCGGAAAUUAUGGUUUUCCUGAAAUUAUAAGUAAAAUUGAUAAACUAUUGAUCAUUUUUCUUUCUUUUGUAAUCGUAAUGUUUAGUUUAUAUUAUAUUAGCUAUCAACGAGUGCCUUUCUUCACCCUGUGAUGCCAAUGCCAUUUGUCAGAAUACCGUUGGUUCCCUUACUUGCACGUGCAUUGCUGGAUUUACGGGAGAGUUAAUUACAUGGCUUUUGUGUCGAAUUUUUUAAUAUCUUUGUAAAGAGUUGUUACUCGUGACUCUACUCUUGUGUCAGCCUUUAUUCAAAACUUAGAAAAUAUUUCACAUUGUUAGAAGUGAGAAUAUUUAGACAAAAUUAUUAUUUCAUUGCUGAAUGACAUAUAGACGCAGUCAAUCCAUCAAAAGGGUCAUAAAAAUCAUUAAAAAGAAUAAACAUUACUGGUAUGUUUGUUCGGUUAAGAUUUAAAUACAACAACAAAAUAAUAGCUUGCUAACAAUUAAUAUUGCAAUUACCUUUCCUUUUUUCAGCAUUAUUACCCACUACUACAAGUAAGUGAUGCUGACUGAAUGCCCUGUUCACACAGUUUUAACAGCUGUCACCUUUCGGAUCCUAAACGUUGUGGACUUUUCCUUUAAAAAGAUAAUUUAAGGGAACGUCACCAUUAUUUUUAAAUUGGUUUUUGUGAAAAAUACAACUUAAGUUUUUGGUUUUUGUUAUGCAACGCCACCAGAAAAAUAAAACGGCGGUUUUGCAGGUCAAUACUUACCAUUUUGUACAGCAGUAGGUUUGUCUUAAUCCCAUUUGAAGAGAGAGGUGACACUAGGUGUCAACAAUCAGAGAAAAGAAAGAAGAACACCAACGAAUAAUGAAAUCUAGCGCUUUCUAAUACACUUAAGAGAAAGGAUUUUACUACUGAAUUGUAAUGAACGGCUUAAUCAGUAGAUUUAUAAAAAUUUGCAUACACUUCGGGCUAAUUAUAGAAAUUAGCAAAUUGACAUUCUAGAACGUUCUUUUCCAAAAGUAGUAUUGUAGUAAAUGAGUUCUGAAAAGUUCCAAACAUUAUACCCAGUGCUAGUGCUGAACACAAACACAAGAAACGGGUAAUUACUUACCCAUAUCCCGACAAUUUUUUGCUGUUGGACACUAGAGUGGUUAUCCUAUGCGAGGUUGAAGAUAUUAAUAAGCCACUGUUUCUAUCAUAGUUGGAAAACUUUUUUGCAUCUUUUUAAUUUGCAGUGCCAACGACAGCACCUGUUUCAACCACAGGUGAGGACUAAAAUUUCCCAUUGUUAAAAGUAAAAGAAUAUAUAUUAAAUAAAUUCAUACUCAUUAUUUCAUUCCCGAAUAGAAUGAUAGACGCACUCAGUUUAUCAAAAGAGGCAAAAAUUCAUUAAAAAGAAUAAAUAUUGCUGGUAUAUUUGUUCGAUUUAGAUUGUUUCAAUUCUUAAAAUUUAAAUAUAACAACAACUAAUAGCUUUUUAUUUUUCAGCAUUGCCAACUACUACAAGUAAGUGGUACUAAAAUGUUUGGUUCACUGUUUUAACAGUUUUCACCGCUGAUGCUAACGUUGUGGAUGUACGGGAACGCUAUUACUUUAAACCUAAUUUUGUCAAAUGUUCAAUCCAGUUACGUUUUGGGCUGUUUUUAUGGAUAAGGAAAAUAGAAGGACGGUUUCGCAGGGCAGUACCUACCAUUUUGUACAGCAGUUGUUUUGUCAGGCAAAGGUUCGUUGAGUCUACGAGGUGUCGCGUAACACAAACUUCAUCACUUUAGGCCAAAAGAGAGAUUACUCUCCAAGUGUUUUCCGUUCAUCCCCCGAACAGGGGAAAGAAAUCAUGUCAACAACCCGUAAUACAAUCUGCUCUUGCUAAACACACUUUAAAGAAAGGAUUCUUCCUAGAAAAUUUUAAGGAAGUACUCAGUCAGUUGAUUUACAGAAAUUUACCAUUUGGACAGAAACCCAUAUGAGCUGGCCUGCUUUGGGUUAAUAAUAGGAUUAGCAAAUUGUUCUUCUAGGACUCAUUCUUUAAAAGUAUGUUAGUGGGAUGAGUACUUUAAGGUUCUAGACAUCAUAACAGUAGUAAUCUUGAAACAGCAAAACACUUCACCCAUCCUGACGGCUACUUUUGUUGUUGUGGUGGAACUGGACUGGAAAUUUCUAGGACUCAUUCUUUAAAAGUAUGUUAGUGGGAUGAGUACUUUAAGGUUCUAGACAUCAUAACAGUAGUAAUCUUGAAACAGCAAAACACUUCACCCAUCCUGACGGCUACUUUUGUUGUUGUGGUGGAACUGGACUGGAAAUUUCUUUGUGAGGCUGAACGUAGUAUACGCCACUGUUUCAAUGAUAGUUGGAAAACCGGCAGACAUUAGGAUUCUUAUUACAUCUUGUUCAAUUUGCAGUGCCAACGACAGCACCUGUUCCAACCACAGGUGAGCAUUGCAGUAAAAUUCUUCCUCCCACAAAAGGGCAUAAAACAUCUUGCAGAUGAGGUACCAGGGGACGUACAUCAUAUUGUGCAUUCCAGGGGGGGAUCAAUCAAGACCUUACGGAGGGGGGAUCGAAGAGGGUUUCCUCAUCUGAGACCGAAUUAUGUUGGCGCCUGGAACCCGCGAGCCUCGGAUCCGUUUGGUAGAAAUUUAAGAAGGGCAGACCCUGAGGCCCUUUAUUAUUGUUGUAAAUGUUCUUUUUCUUUUUAUUUAAUCGUAAACUUUUAUAUUUAACAGAUAUCGACGAGUGCCUCUCUUCACCCUGUGACGCCAAUGCCGUUUGUCAGAAUACCAUUGGUUCCUUCACCUGCACGUGCAAUGCCGGGUUUACAGGAGACGGAUUAUCUUGUACCGGUAACAUAAAAAAUCGUGUUACCGAUACGACUUUUACGUCGUCAUUUUUAUUCAAUACAUAUCUUGUCCGCUAUCACCUAGUACGGCUUGUAGGGACUUCAUACUGACAAAAAUUAAUUAGAGACUUAAAAUUAGUUUUUAGACUACUUAUUACCCAAGUAUAUCAUGGGGACUUUUUAAGGUGUCUGAUGACGAAGAUUAUGAAGAUUUCAUCACUUUUUUUUUCAACAGAUAUCAAUGAGUGCAUGAAUUCACCAUGUAGUACCUUUGCGGUUUGUCAGAAUACCGUUGGUUCCUUUAAUUGCACCUGUAAUGCCGGAUUUACUGGAAAUGGAUUAUCCUGUUUAGGUAACAUAAAAUUGUAA